ACCGGACUGAGCGUCCUUGUUCUUCAAUGUAGUUGAUGCUACAACAGAUAUUCUGUUUAAUAUAUCUGUCUACCUUACAGGGGCCACUGAAAGGUUUCCUGGAAGUGCUCGGGAAACUUCAGAAGAAAUUCUACGCUAAAGGCCACCGUCUGGACUGUCCCAUCCGCACCUACCUCGUGACGGCCCGCAGCGCAGCCAGCUCAGGCAUCCGUGCCUUAAAGACUCUCCGUGCCUGGGGACUAGAGACAGAUGAGGCUCUUUUCCUGGCCGGGGCACCAAAAGGCCCCAUGCUGGAGAAAAUACGGCCCCACAUCUACUUUGAUGACCAGAUGUUUCACGUGGAAGGCGCUGUAGAGAUGGGUGCCAUUGCCGCCCAUGUGCCCUAUGGGAUUGCACAGAAAUACCCUCAUAAAAAAAGCACCAAUACAGGAAAAUAACAAAGAAAGGAGAAAAUAUGAAGAGCGACCUUUAAGUUGCAGACAUUUUUAUUUUGUAAACUCGGUUGUGCACUCAUUGGAUCAGGACCUCCGUAUUCUUUUGCAUUAUGAAUGAAAUUUGACCAAUGUGCCUCUGUUGAAGCACUGCAAUGAACGGUUAUUUUCAUCUAAGCAUAUGUUUCUCAGAGAUAGUUUGUUGAAAUAUACAUGACAUCAACAUCAGGAAUGUGUGCUGCUAUUCUUAUUUGUCAAGUGAAUAUGUAAAGUGACAAAAGAAAAAGGAGUGAUACUGAAAUGGUGAUUACACAGUGUGUGUUUUGAAUCGCACUGUAUAAUUCAGCAAUGGACUGUGAUGGUGUUCUUGUUUAUUACUGUAGAUGGUGUUGUGUGAGCAAAACUACAGUAUUCUUUCAUGUAAUCUAAUGUAUAUGGUCGUAUAUAAUGGAUGGAGUGUUAGUCUGUAAUGCAAUGUUAAUAAGAAGCCAUAAUAUUUUAUGAGAAGAUGAAAUAUACCAGAAAGCCAUGAGUAUAGUGAAUGAUAUAUUUAAAGAGAUAACUGUACUUUUUUUGUUUUCUCAUCUGCAUUCAAUAUACACUACUGUUUAAAAAUUCUAUUCAGC